CGUCUUUAGCCUGCAAGAGCGGGCCAAACUCCAACAAGCACCUGACACCAACGCGACUGUCACAUAUAACUAUCUUAUAUCUCGCAAAUACCGGGAACGUAGAAACAACUUAUUUAAGGACUUCGCUACGAAUCAGACGAUUUCUUUUUUUUUUUACUACAAAUCUACAUUUGACUCAAUCGAUCUUUCACAUGUAGCCACACUAACGGCGGUGCGUAAAAGGCCAUUUGACGUGCGUUUGGGUUUCUCCGGCAGAACUGAUACCUGAAUGCGCAUCCGAUAUUAGGAAUUAAAUGUCCAUUGGCCAUGCCCAUAUAGGAAACAAACCAACGCUUAUUUAGAAACAAAGUUGACCAAGUCUAAGAAAAAAAGGGGGAAAUAUGUUCCCUCUGCCUAUGUUCACCCCUGAACAAGUGGCUCGGGUGUGCGAGAACCUCGAGGAGACCGGAGACAUCGAGCGCCUGGGGCGGUUCUUAUGGUCCCUACCGGCCGCCGUCCCUGGUUCCUCCGGGGAGGCACUCAACCGCCAAGAGUCAGUGAUGCGCGCCCGGGCACUGGUCGCAUUUCACGGGGGAAACUUCGAGGCACUUUACCAAAUCCUCCAGAGCCAUCGAUUUACGCGCGAAUCUCACGCCAAACUCCAAGAUCUGUGGCUGGACGCACAUUACCGCGAAGCGGAGAGGCUCCGGGGCCGUCCCCUGGGACCAGUGGAGAAGUACCGUAUCCGCAAGAAGUUUCCCCUGCCUCGCACCAUCUGGGAUGGAGAGCAGAAAACCCACUGCUUUAAGGUGAGACACCAAGCUGAGAGAACCCGUAGCCUGCUCAGAGAGUGGUACCUCCAGGACCCCUACCCAAACCCGUCCCGGAAACGACACCUGGCACAGGCCACGGGACUCACGCCCACACAGGUCGGCAACUGGUUCAAGAACCGACGCCAAAGAGACAGGGCUGCGUCGGCAAAGAACAGACUGCAGCAGGAUCCCGCCCACCUGCCUUCCGGAACCUCCCCUGAGGGUUCCAUUCAGGAGCACCACGCCCACCAUUCCCGCCUGCUGGCCGCCUCCCCUCGCCACCUGGGUAGCCCCGAGGCCAGCGACUGCAGCACGGGCACUGAGCCACGAGGCACCGGCGCCUCCACGCCGGACAUCUCGGUCAGCAGUGACAGCGAAUUUGAAUCUUGAGAGUCGGGGGUUGAUCGCCGCGGCACAAGGGAGGCUCUCAUUGGCGGAAUCCUGAGAAGAGAGAUGUUUAACGGUUUCCAGCCAAGAAGCCCCAGCCCCACAGAUAUAUUGAGACAAUAGACACUGUAGAACUGCAGUCUGUCCACGGCCUGGGUUUGGAUAUUUGGACUUGCUAUUUGAGAGGCUUGUGAAGACUUGAUGUAGUUGCUGUAUCUGAUGAGGAGGGCUGGGGGUUGGCGAUUGGACUACCCACAGACAUAUGCACUUAAAAGGCCCCUAGAUUACUGCAUGGUACACUGCCGUCACAAGGUUCUAUGCUCAGUAUGACCAUAUAACUGUUCCACUGACUAGUACAAAGAAAUACCCAAUAUAAUUCUUCCCUCUAUAGAUUUGGACUGGAACAUGGGUACUGACAGUCUUACAGGCAGUCAGAAGCAAUAACAUAUUCUAUUACAGCAAUGACAGUUCUCAGGCAUGUAUUUUAUAGAAAUAUUAUCCAUUCCCGCUGUUAUCGUUAGAGAUUAUACUGAAUUAUAAUGUUAUGUUUUAAUGUUUACCCAUUUGAAGUCGUAUUUCACAUAUUCCUGAGUUGUCUACAUUUCAAUACAAGCUUUUAUCUAAUAUCUUUAUUUACAAUGAAAACUGCCUUCUGAAGGCUGUUGGUUGAUUACACGAUCAGUUGUUGGUGAACUCUGAACUGCUUAUGACCAGUGAUUGGAGCUCAGUUUCGCAUAUCUCCUCAUACACGCCACUGCCUUAAAAGGGAAGUAUAUGGGCGUUACAGACAUACUGAACUCUGUUAGUUCCUCUUCCAUUAGGCACUGUCUCUAUACAGUCCCAUCUGGUUUCUAAAGCUAACAUAACACAAUAGAUAUAGGCCUACAUGUUCAAGGAAAUCUUGUUAUUUGUGUGAAAGAUGUCAAUGUAACUGCUGUACAACUACGCUGCUUUUUGUCCACAAUGUCUCCAUUGAAAUAUUAACCUAUUUGAACCUGGUACAUCUUUUCAAACUGUUGUAUGAGGCAUCAUAGAGUGUGGAAUCCUGCUCUCUCUGAUGAUGGACUGAUUGUGCUUUUCUUGACUGAGGAUACGAAGUAGGGCGAAGUUAGAGGAAUACAAAUUAAAGGAAUCAAAUUUAAAAGCAUGUAUGAUACAUAAAGUGAGCCCAACUUGGUCUUUACCCAUUGAUGUGCCUAUAAACCUUGGAGGACAGAAUAGCAACUGGUUUCAUAUACAGUUUAUGGCAGUUUCCUCUUUAGGCUAUAAUAGCCGACCCAUUUGAGUAUCACUAUGCAAUACAUUGGUUUAUUGUAAAACAGUAUUUUGUAAAAAGGUGUCUGACAUAGUCGAUGUAUUUGGAAUAAAGGAAACUAUUUUUUAUAGUUGUUGAAAUCUGGA